AUAUGAGCUGGUUAGUAGGCUGGGUUACAAUUUCGCUGCUAGCUAAAGAGGAAGUAUGUGCAGAUUUCGUCCAAAAACCUGUAUUUGUGAACCAUGCACAGACAUGACUGCAAAACCUGCCUCACCUUGUGAGCUUCACCCAGGUGAUAUCACCAUGGAUGGGAGACCAUAAGAUCUUCCUGAAUUUCAACUAAAAUGAGAUUCCUGAAGAAAUUCUUAAUGGAGGCACCAAUAUACUUCUUGGGGAUCUUGACAUUGCUUUUGCAAGACAGUUAUGGUAAGGAGUUUCUCAUCAGCAACCUGAAAUGCUUUAAUGAUUACGACAGUGAAUUGACUUGUUCCUGGGAGGUCACAAACUCCAGCAGUAACUGCAGCCGGGAUUUUCAGCUGGAGUACUAUAGACAGAUGUCAAAACAGGAUGUCUGCAUCCCACAAAACAGCCAGAAUGGUGGCACCAUUGUGCCCAAUCAGUGCGUCUGCAAGAUGUUUGGUUUUAACAUUGUAGCAAAUAAGAACUUUUCAGUACACCUGAAAUCCAAUGGUACCUCAUUGCAAAGAGGCGUAUUCAAUGCAUUUGAUACAGUUAUACCAAAAGCUCCAAGAAAUGUAACAGUUACCUUCGGUAAUGAGGAAGAUAUAGAAGUGACAUGGGAAAUUGCCUACUCUGGGGGCAAAGGCGCGUUUUUAUCUAAAUACCUGCUUUAUGAACUCCAAACCAUCUGUAAGCAAGACAAAAAAGAGUUUCAACAGAUCAAGACAGAAGUACUCUUUCAUACCUUUAGUAAGCGAUAUUUUAAAUCAGGAUGUGACUGGGAAGUAAAAGUAAGAGCAAAGCAUAAGGAUGGAGUUGAUUGGAGUGAUUGGAGUUCAGCUGCAGAAUGGCAUAAUGAUUACAGUCCUAAUCGUGUCAGCAUCCCAAGUAUCAUCAUUACAGUCUGUUGCAUUCUUCUUCUCUUGCUGAUAUUACUGUGCUAUUACAUUAUUACCAUUUGUAAAAAGAAAUGGUGGCAGAAUAUUCCAGAUCCUGCAAAGAGCAACUUGCACUUGAUCAGAAGGCACAUAUCACAGGACACAGUGGUUAAAUCAGAUGUGAAUGCUAAUAUUUAUCCACCAUCCAAUAAACGGGAAAACGCUAAGAGAACUUGUUCCAACUGGUUUAAUAAGCUGUUCUUUAAAGCUCAUCAUAAGAAAAGCCCUUUAAGCCAAGACCGCACCUCUAAAGAGCACAUCUGUAGAACGGAAGGUCCCCAGUAUUCUAUCCUUGUUCCUGAGGUUUCAUUUGUGGAGAUUGCAACUGUUGAAAAGCAUCUGCAAGAACGAAAGAACUCAGUCGAUGAAACAAAAGAUAUUGUAGAAGACAAAGAUGACCCAUUUGACCUAUCUAUUAGCCAGAUGUUUCAAGACAUUAUUAAUGACAGCCCAAUUAAUAAUCAAGGACAGAGCAUAACAAGAAAUACCUUUACAAACUCAGACCUUAAAAUGUUGCCAUUUUUUGCUUUCCUUGAGGACCAUCCUGCACCCAUGGUAGCAUCUGCAUAUAGAAGCUACCCUUGUGACAAUUCUGAAACAGAUCUUGAAACUAAAUCAAACCAGUGUAUAUUUUUAGGUAUGGACCAAUACUCUGCUGAUCAACAGGAUUCAAUAGGCUACACACCUCAAGAGUCUCUAUACCAGCCAUCAGAGACAAAAUUAAUUGACAAUGACUAUGCAAACAAUGGAUCCCAAGCUACUACAUAUUGUGAUUCAGGGUACAGUAGCUUUGCUAGUGCAGUGUCCGGCUCAGAAAAUUACUCUGCAUCCUCAGAAAAUUUCACAGAUAAAGACAAUGAAUUAUCUAGUAGUAGUAACUGCUUAUCAAGAUCAGCCUUUAGUAAUAGUAACUGCAGUCUUUAUAGUGACACUACAAAUAGUGUAUAUUACAACAGACAAUCCAGGUUUAUCUUACCUGGCACAAGCUGUGAUACAAGUGGCAUUAAGAUGAAUGUAGAACUGACUUUAACACCACUUCUAGAAGGUCUUACAAUGUGUAACACAUCACCCAAAGUGGGGGAGGAAUAUAACAGAGGUGUAUCUUGUCCCAUGAAUGUCUGUGAAGUAUCAGACUACCAGAGUUUUGCCGAAGCCAUUCAGCAAGAUGAGACCUCGGUAAAUCACCAUCCUGAAACAUCGGGCAAUCUUGUGUUAGAAUCAGGUUAUAAAUCAUUUGAGAGCCUGUUAAACCAAAAUACACAAGAGACAGAAUCUGAUAGUGAUAAUGAUAGCUUUCUGUGUAAUACAGACAUGGGAGUACAAAAAGAAGAACCCAUCCAAAAUACAGGAACAAAUGAGUUCAACAACAUGAAAAACACAGGUGGGCAGACAGAAAUAGACUUUGCAGAAGCUCCAGCCCAAGAAGUUACUUUUGGUUUUCUAAAUUUACAUUUUACUGAGAACUGCCUAGAUAGUGGCUGCAAAAUGUCACCUGGGGAUAAACAACCUCCUUCCACAAAGGAUUCUUCUGAUCACAUCCAGGAUAAUGCAGUGAAAGCAGAAGUUCUUCAAAACGAUUUCAGCUUAAUUUACCAAGGAGAUAACAACUGCCAUUUACCAUUUGCUUGGACACAUGAGCAGUGGGAAAACAUUACCAACAGGUAUGGACCGGAUUUCCCCAAAAGCUCACCAGUUGAAAAGAUAGACAGAAUAAUCAGAGGAUCCCCUAGGAUUUCCUACCACGCUGAUAAGAGCAAAUCAAUUGUAACAGAAACUGAUAUUGCAACCUUUCCACCCCAACCUGAAUUCAGUGACUUUAAUAGCCCAAAUGACUGCCAGACAAUGAAGUUUGCAAAUAUGUCAUAUUUUGUGAAUGAUUAUGCGUUAAAGACAAAGCUUAAUGAUAAACAAGAUGAACUCGGAACAUUUUCAAACCGCACACCUGAACAUCCGAAAAAUCAGGAAAACGAAGGUUGUUCAUACAUGCAGAUAUCACUGUCAUGAAUUGCACUGAAUAUUGGGCAUGAUUUAUAUUGCAUAGAAAGUUCUGGUGUCGUAGAAUAGUUGUAAUGAAAAUAUUUGUACAAUACAAAACUUAUUUAAUUUGUCAAACCAUAAACACUUACAAGAUUUAGCUCCAUAUUACACACCACAUAAUAUCUGAGAUAGGUGUUAACAGUGUCAGACUGUUGGGAUACUGGUAAGCCCAUGUCUGGGUGGCCUUCACUUUUUCCCUAUAUCAUUAACUUUUUACUACAUUUUAAUUUAUUCAGUAGUAUUCCUAAUUAUUUUCCCCAAAAGUAUGAAAUUCUCCAUGGAUUUCACAUUCUGCUUUUUGGAAAUUAAAAUGUAUGAUAAGGUUUUUGGCGGAAGUCCAGUUAUAUGAAUGAUGAAAAUGUUUUAGGGCUCUCUAGGGGUUAGUGGGCUUUUAAUAUCAGGUUCUCUGUUGGGCCCUUGGGGUCCUAGUCUGACACUGGAUGUUAAAUUGUACCAUUGUAGUUGACUAUAGCAACCAGUCAAAUGUUUUCUUUGAACUGGUACCUGUAGUAGACUGAGCAAAACUGAUUGCCGACUGGUUGCUAAGUGCAAAUGCAUUAGUGUUACAUUGCACCUAUGUUUGUAAAUGAUAACAAUAUAUUGUAUCCUUUGUUCUCCUAUAUGUCAGCAUAUUUGUACAGGUAUUGGAUUCCUACAUUAACAUGACUAACUUUAAUGUGCCUACUUUGCAACUGAAUCAUUUACAAGUAUCUCUUUGGCCCAGAACUGAUUUGUAGACCCACGCUCUAUUCAUUCCUAUGGGAUUUUUAGAACCGUAUUUAUUAAUCGGUGAAAGUUGAUAAAUACAAUUUGAAAAAUCCCAUAGGAAUGAAUAGAAAGUAGGGGAAUUUUUCUGUGGUGAGCUCUAAUCAAACAUUUGUAUAAGUCUGCCCCCUAGAGUGCCGAAAGAUAUUUGUUCCUGCUGUAGGGUUUGCAUAUUUUGUAGGAGGGAUUACCCUCUGUCUUUUAAAUAGUGUAGAUGGCAUAAAGAAUACCUGUGUGAAAUGGAGAAUCUUUAGCUAAGAAGCUUAAGGGGUUUAUCAAAAUGUAAGAUUAGAGCUCACCACAGGAAAAUACACCCACUUUCUAUUCAUUCCUUUGGGAUUUUUAGAAGUGUAUUUACAAAUGGAUGAUAGAGUUCAGCAUUUGAUAAGCUUCUAAAAAUCCCAUAGGAAUGAACAGAAAGUGGGUGAUUUUUUUUUUCUCUAAUCUCAUAUUUUGAUAAAUCUGCCCCUUAGUGUGCCGGCCUAGUUGUGAAUGUUUGUCAAUGAAAAAUAAAUGAUAAUGCACUGCAAGCGGAAUUUUAUAAUAUUAUGUACAUAUGGUUGCAUUUCAUGCCAUUAUGUUAUAAUACUAAUCAGAAAUGUGUUAUGCUAUUGCUUAUAUCCCUUAGUUGUAUUUAAUUACAGUCUUCCAAGGAAUACUAAAUCGCAAAGAUUGUACAAAGUAUGGGGAAUUUCCAGAGGAAACACAACACUACAAUCUUUUUUAGCACACAUUCCCCAGAUUGUUGAUGCAAAGUGAAAGCAGAAUACUGGCUACUCCUCCUUAUUUACUGUCUGGAAAAUGUUUUCAAGCAGCAGGAAUCUCAGUCUAAUAGCGUUCCUGUGCUUCUGUUCUAGCUAAAAUGCUUUUAUACACUGUACAAUGGACCACAAACUGACUGGAAUAACAAAUGGGUGCCUAGCUACCAGUCUAUAAUGAAAUAAGAAAUAAAACAGUGGCAGCACCAUUACUUUUCCAGUCUACAGGCUGAGCAUCGUAAUAGCACUUAAUUAUGGAAAAUGAUUAUUAGCACUGGUAUGUCAUGCAGUAAGGCCCACUGACAGAGGAAAAAGUGAUAGAGAUUGUUGUAAUGUUAAUGGUGCAUUUACAAAUGAAAAAAAUGGGUGCCAGCAGCCCUGUGGUUAAUUUCAGAGUAAUGGAACUUGUUGCCUGGGAGCUGUAUUAUAAAAAGCAGUAGAGGCAAAAGAUUACACAAUAGUAGCUUCCUUCCCCAGUAUAUCAACAUCAAAUUCUUUGUAACUGAGGAGCUGGAAAUAUAUAUUUGUGGUUUUCUCUGCCUCAUUUAUCUUAAAGGGGCAGUUCACCUUUAUAAAACAUAUUCAAAAGUACAUGACCAAUAAUGAUGAUUUUCAGUUGCUUUCUAUUUCUUUUACUGUUUUUUCUACAUUUAAAAAAAAAAACAUUUGUUUACAUUUUCCCCUGUCAUGUUUCCCAGGAGCAGCAGAUCACUGACUUUCUGAGCAAUCUGAUGCAUUAGUUGAUGCAUUUCUUAGCAGCUGUAGCAUCAGUCCCUAGUGAACAUUUGUCCUCCCACUGUAAUGAAGUCUCUUAUACAGCAAUUGUUGCGAAUGACACAUUGGUUGCUCAGAUUUUUCACAUUCUGCUGAGAAAAGCACCAGCUAUUGUGUCAAAUUAGAUAUUACGUAUUUCAGAACAAGCAGUAAAAGACAGAAAAUAGAAAGCAAGUAAAAAAAAAGAAAGCUAUUAUUUCCUGGUAUACUACUAUUAUUAUAAACAAGUAUUAACAAAUUAUAAAGCAUCAUCAUAGUCCACAAUGUGUACAAUAAAGCUAUUAGACAAUAAUGUCUUACAAAGGUGAACUUGCCCUUUUAAUUGGUUUGUGGCUAAUUUCAAUGCAAGGAAUAUGUGAAUGUCAAAAUAAUGUAUAUAUACACAGUAUAUAUUUAGGUGCAUGUAUAUACAUUAUAUAUAUUUAUAUAUAUAUAUAUAUAUGAUUCUUAAGUGUAUAUUUUCAUCCAUGUAAAUAUGUCUUUUCAUCAGGCUGAAAUUGCUGUUCUUUUCCACCUGUGCCACAUAUACUGCUGGUUUAUACAGUAUAUUCAGAUUUACACUUUUGUCAUUGAAAUAAAACUUUGUUUUUUAUUGA